AUGGUCCGGUUAGUGCCUCCAUUUUUAAGGAAUAUCAUUGGUUCUCCGGAAGAUAGUCAACACGUGACUGCUAACCAUGACAACAAAACUGAAACUAUAGAAGAAAAUGUAAAUAUUAAUAAAGAGUCAGAUUUAAAUUCAUUUGAGCCCGUAGAUCCGCCCUACUUUAUCAAAGAUGAGCAACUUAAGGGGUUGGUAAUUACAAGUAAUAUCGCAACCAUAGCAUCCAUAGAUUGGGGACCCCCAAAAUUAAACGCUACCCUUCUAGAUGAGCUCGGAAACAGCGGUAAGUACCUGCUGGAUAUUAUUAGAGGGAAUAAAACAACGGUCGAGAAUCUUGAGGAAAUUACCAAAAACAUAAAAAACGUGCCCAAAGUCUAUGAGUCAGACUUCAAUGUUUACCUAAACCAGAUAGAAGAAAUAUAUUCCGAAUGCCCAGAGUUUAACAUUUUAAGGGACAACGUACAGGAAAUUGUCGAAUCGCCUAGUGUAGCUGUAGAGACUAAUAUUGAUAACAUCCCAAGAGAGUAUUUCGAAGAUGACUAUAAUAUUCACGAGAAUGUUAUAUUCAACAAAACUCUGGACGAAAUCCCAGAGUCCAUAGAGUUUCUUGAGUCUCAGCUGAUGCAGAUUAAUACGCAGUUGAGAGAGCUGGUUGGAACACACCUAAAGCACGUCGGGGAGUCCUUUGUGUGCAUUGAGGACCUGAAAAGCUCAUUCUUGAGCAUAAAUGACCAGAUUUCAAAUGUUAGAAGUAUUUUUGAUAAUCUUAAGGGGAUUUACAACUCUCCUGUCAAUUAUAGCUACUUCAAAAACUCAAAGAUAGGCGAGGAUGACAUAACUCCGCCCUCAUCUAAAUCAAUUGAUUCUCAAACAAAUGAAUCUAGGUCGUACACAUUACACGAAGUAUUGAUGUUGAAGAAGAGGGUUUUGGAAGUCUUGGAGUACUUGUACCUGCUGAAAGGCAUAUCUUGCACUCCUGACUACAUUCAGGGAAUUAUCGAGAUUAACAACAUGGCUCUGGCAAGGGUUUUUGCAAGUGUGGCAAUGGAAUACUUUGAGAAUGAUUUGUCAAAGUUUAAGAUUACUAAUUCAGUCCUGCUCGUCUUGAAGGACACAAUUAGUAAUUUAGAACAAGUGGGAGAAGCCAAGUUUAUUGAUUUGACGUUUUUUACACUAACUGAGUGUUACUCUUGUGAUGACUUGGAGAAAUAUGAGAAGGAGUUAAGGCCGACUUUGGAAAAACUAGAACAAGUUUUGGUAGUUUUGACGAUUUCAGGAUCAAUAAGUGACACACUUUCAACGCUUAAGAAUACCCCGAUAAUACCAAUUAACUACUCUACCGAAUCACCAGUUACCAUGGAAACGUUUCAGGAACAACUGGAUAAAGUGCUCAGAGGGUUUGAGCACUCUAACCUGUUUCUACUUCACCUUCUAAAUUCACUAACUUGUGUAUAUCUGUUCAACAAGGAGGGACAGUAUUUGCCAGACUCUUCCAAGUCAAGUGACAUAGGCAGGAAAAUGAUUUUAAAGAUACAAGAUAGCUUCACUGAUGGGAUUAAUCGAGAUUAUCAGAAAAUUGCCGAAACAACACAGUUUUUAAAAACCCAUUUAAAAUUGCCAUUGACCUGUAAAUCUGGUUCCUACUCUGAAAGGUAUUUGGAAAUUUUGAGUGGAUUUGAUUUGGAUGAUGAAAACAGUAGGUGUGAUAGCACUACCAAGACUAUUACUGAUUGUGAUAAUGGUGAUUCUACUAACGAUGAGGAUAGUUGUGUGGAAACCCAAGAUAAAGUAACAAGUGAUUUGUUUGAUUACUACGAAAACCUGUAUUGUGUAAUGGAAGGCGUGUUAGUUAAAGCUUUAGAAAAACUAUUUUCAAAUUUUAAGAUUGAAACACCCAAUGAAGGAGCUGUUACCGAAAUAGAACCUGUAAUGUUAAGCCUUAAGAAGGUAGAGAAUAUCUAUAAGGAAAGCUUAAAAAAUUACAUAAAUUGUCCUAAAACUACUGAAAAAAUGUUAGCUGAGAUUUUAAGAAAUCACCUUAAAUUCCACAAAAUCCAAUGUGAGUUACCUCUGAGUUUUGUGGAAAAGGAUCUGGGUUCAGUUCUGACAGGCGUGUUGUACAAGUAUAUAAGCGCUGAGUCGAAGAAGAAUGUGGAACUAAUAUUUGAGCAAAGUCUGGUCAAGGUGCACGAAAACUUAAACCAAGAAACCUGGGUUGUUUUUGAAAAAUUGGAACUUGAAGGCAAAACCUUUAACCUGAUACAUUCAUCCAUUCUAUUAAACGAGAACUUGGAUGUGUACUUUGGGAUCUCAGAAAAGUUCUCCUUCCUUUCAAGUGCGUCAAUUUCCAAGUCAAUAAACCUUUUCGCCUAUUUUAGCACUUUGAUAGAGAAUGAACUUGAAAAGAAUCUUUGCGUGAAAAAACUAUGCCUCAUCAUUCAGACUCUUGAUUUCUUUACCCUUUCAAUUCCUCUGAAAAUAAGAAACCUCUCAAUCCAUACUCAAAAAACUGGCCAAACAGAAGAAAAUGACACCAAAGACUACGAUUUGUUGUUAGUUCUGGGAAUUAAUGCAGAGAACUGUGUUAUGGAAGCAAAGCUCCUGAGGAAGAAGUCUGCCGAGCUCCUCUCAAACUUCAUUUUUUCUCAGAUCAAAAUCCACUUGAUCAAUUGGGUAUUCAAGUACACAGACCUUCAAGAUAACACACAGUCUGAGGAUCCAACUGAAGAUGUCAACUUGGUGAUGAAAACAAUAUCUGAUUUGUAUUCCGAGUGUUCACAGAUCUUUUCUGUUGAAGAUUUGAGAGAAACCUUUUCAGACUCUUUUGACAAGCUCGUUGAUUUGGCUAAGAAACAAAACCUCGAUUUCACCAAGUUUGAUAGAUUUUCAGACGACUGCUCCAGAAUCAUGACGGAAUUAUCUCACCUCUCGGACAUAAAGCUGGAAAUACUCUCACUCGCUCAUAGACUGUCUAAUUAA